CUACCUAUACCUCGCGUAGGCGAGGCCAAUGAAAUGGAUGAACUGAAGAGCCUCUUAGCUCAACUCUCAAUAGACAAACUAGCAGCAGAAGAACAGCUGGAACAACACUUGAAGAGCCAGUCAUCAUCAGAUUCAAGACAUGAUAGUAUGAGACAAGUACAGGAGCUACAGAGUCUGAGGCUCAAGAUGGAGAACACAAUACACUCAUUGAAGGCUGAGAAGGCUGAACUGUCACAGAGAAAUGCUGAACUAGUUGAAUCAUGUGAUCCAGAGAAAUAUGCUAAACUGAAGAAAGAGGUGGUUUCCAUGUCCAAAAAACUCAAAGAGAAGGAGACAGAGAUAUCAAAAUUAACGGAAUCACUUCACUUCCACACUGAGGGAAACCGUGAGCUGAAGGAACACCUUGAUGCUGCACUGAAUGAAGAAACAAUAGCUAAAAUAGAACAAAGGAUUAGCAAGUACAAGACAGAGAGGGACACCACAAAGGAAGCAAUGAAGACCCUGAGAGCUUCAUGCGAUGAACAAUUAUCACUGAAAGAAUCCACCAUAUUGAGUCUUAGAGAAGAACUGUUGAAGUAUCAGGAAGAGAAGCAAGCCUGGGCUGUUAAGUAUAAGAAAAGAAAGAGCGAGCUCUCUGAACUCAAGAAAGGUUCUAAGGAAGCCAUAGCAAAGCUUCAUAGCCAGUUACAAGAGAAGGAGCAACUAUUACAGAGUCUUGCUGCACAUGAUACUGAUAGAGAUGAUGAUGAUGAUGAUGAUGAUGGAGGAGGUAAUAGUGAUGCAAAUCAGGAGGCAGAGCAUGUACAUGUAAGUAAUGAAGAAGAGAUGGAGGAAGAUAAUGAAUUAUAUCUAACAGCUGUCAGCGACUCAUUUCAAUCAGGACCUUCAGCUCCAACUACAAAACACUCCACAGACAUUAAACAAAAAACUUCUCCAUCACUUUCACGUCAUACUCGAUCAUCAAUCCACAAAAGUAGCAAAGAGGCAAUUCCCUGUCAUACUCACCUAAGAGGAGCUUCUAAAGCAACUACUUCAACUUCAUCUCAAGUGAUUGUAAGAACAAAGACCGGAGAGAAGCAGUCAGUGAUAGUGCCUGGAGUAUUAGAAGAGAUGCCGAUAGGCAGUAUAGUAGUAGUGAAGAGGAAGGAUGGUAUCUAUGAGCAAGGACUCCUGAGAUAUAUUGGGAAGGAACAGUGUGGUGUUGAACUGGAGCUACCAAGAGAAGGAACAAAUGGUAAAAGUUAUGAUGGAACCUAUAAAGAUGGUCAACGCUAUUUUCACUGCAGGAAAGGCCAUGGACUGUAUACACUUCCAAGCAAUGUGUUUAAAAUAAUUUCAUAAAAA